CAGCGCUCAAAUGGGCAGGCACACGCUCCAAAUAGGGGGAACCCUCCAAAACGGGUGGCUGCAUUUGAAAAGCAAAUGCAGUGAAAUAGAUGAAUGACAGGGUAUAUAAUUAGCUGGGCAGGCGACAAAAUUGAACAGUGACCAGCUAGCCAGCGGCAAAGGCGCAUCCUCUCUCAGACUCACCCCAACAUGAAGCUGCUCAUCAUCAGUUGCCUGCUGCUGGCCUUCGGACUGUGCCAGGCCAGCGUUAUACCUGCCAGCACGGGAGUAGCCAUUCAAGGGCCCGCCCUGGUGCCUGUGGCUGGGAGCCAUCAGUUUGUGGCCCGCAACUACAAUGGCCUCUAUGUGCCGACGACGGCUACAGCUUGGCCAGCUUGGACGCCUUAUCCCAACACCUACUACAAAUAUAGUGGCGGCUAUCCCACCUACACCUAUCCCAGCUACAGCUAUCCUUAUGGCUACUAUCCCGGCUAUAACUAUGGCUAUGGCUAUAAGAGUGUCUGGUAAGCCAGGGAUAUGGGAAGUUACAUACAUAUUUAAUAAUGCAAUUAUUGUAAUGUGAUAAAUGACACCUUUACCAAAUCACAAUCAGAUAAGUCCAAGUUUAAUAAAUAUAUUAUCAAGCUCAUAAAACAUUAUAUACUGUUCAAAAUAUACAGAUAUUGUAAUAAAGCACUGAAUAUUUUGAAUUGUUAAAUCUCUAAUUCAGGUAAUUUCC